GGGACGCAUGGCGGCGCGGCGGGCCGGGGUGUGCAGCAGCGUUUCCCUUCCGCCGCCCCGCUCCUUGCCCGCCGCCGCCGCUCGGCCCCGGCCGUCCCGGGAGCGCUCCGGGGACAGCCCCGCUGAGGGGGAAGGCUUGUAGGGAGGGCUGGAUCCCUGCCCGACCGCCCUCGGAGCGGCAGGGCUGCGCCCUUUCCCCAGCGAGGCUCAGCUCCUGCCGUCUCCGGGCCUUGCGCCGCAGCCGGCUGGAAAUGCCGUGUGGGGUUCAGCGUGUAUUCACCUAAUCUGUGCUCGGCCCCACGUUUUGAGGGGGGAAAAGGGCAGCUGAUCCCGGCCGAGCCCGUCCGUGAGGGCGGCGGAGGAGCAGCUCGCCAUGCCCACGGUGGUGGUGAUGGACGUGUCGCUGUCCAUGACGCGGCCGGUGUCGGUGGAGGGCUCCGAGGAGUACCAGCGCAAGCACCUGGCUGCCCACGGGCUCACCAUGCUCUUCGAGCACAUGGCCACCAACUACAAGCUGGAGUUCACGGCCUUGGUGGUGUUUUCAUCCCUCUGGGAGCUCAUGGUGCCUUUCACACGAGACUACAACACGCUCCAGGAAGCCCUGAGUAACAUGGAUGAUUAUGACAAAACCUGUUUGGAGUCGGCGCUGCUGGGGGUUUGCAAUAUUGUCCAGCAGGAAUGGGGGGCAGCAAUUCCUUGCCAGGUUGUCCUGGUCACCGACGGCUGCCUGGGCAUCGGCAGGGGCUCCCUGCGCCACUCCCUGGCCACCCACAGCCAGCGCAGCGACAGCAACAGGUUCCCGCUGCCCUUCCCGUUCCCGUCCAAGCUCUAUGUCAUGUGCAUGGCCAACCUGGAAGAGCUUCAAAGCACAGAUUCCUUAGACUGCCUGGAACGGCUCAUUGAUUUAAACAAUGGGGAAGGGCAGAUUUUCACCAUUGAUGGCCCCCUGUGCCUGAAGAAUGUGCAGUCCAUGUUUGGAAAGCUAAUAGACCUGGCUUACACACCAUUCCAUGCUGUCCUCAAGUGUGGCCACUUAACAUCUGAUGUGCAAGUAUUUCCCAGACCAGAGCCUUUCAUUAUAGAUGAGGAAAUAGACCCCAUUCCUAAAGCAAUUAAUACAGAUCUAGAAAUUGUUGGGUUUGUAGAUAUUGCAGACAUUUCCAGCCCUCCUGUCUUGUCCAGGCACUUGGUACUGCCCAUUGCACUUAACAGAGAGGGGGAUGAGGUGGGACCUGGGAUCACAGAUGACACUGAAGAUGAGAAUUCAGCUAAUCAGAUUGCUGGGAAAAUCCCCAACUUCUGUGUUUUAUUACAUGGCAGCCUGAAAGUGGAAGGCAUGGUGGCUCUCGUCCAGUUGGGGCCAGAGUGGUAUGGAAUGCUUUAUUCACAAGCUGAUAGCAAGAAGAAAUCAAACCUCAUGAUGUCACUCUUUGAACCUGGCCCUGAGCCCCUCCCAUGGCUGGGGAAGAUGGCACAGCUUGGCCCCAUUUCAGAUGCAAAAGAAAAUCCUUAUGGGGAGGAUGACAAUAAGAGCCCUUUCCCUUUGCAGCCCAAGAACAAGCGCAGCUAUGCCCAGAAUGUCACUGUCUGGAUCAAACCCAGUGGCCUCCAGACAGAUGUACAGAAGAUCUUGAGAAAUGCAAGGAAACUCCCUGAAAAAACACAAACCUUCUAUAAAGAGCUGAAUCGUUUGCGGAAGGCAGCUCUGGCCUUUGGCUUCCUGGAGCUGCUGAAGGGCGUGGCAGACAUGCUGGAGCGGGAGUGCACCCUGCUCCCCGACACCGCCCACCCCGACGCCGCCUUCCAGCUCACACACGCGGCCCAGCAGCUCAAAGUGGCAAGUACUGGAGCCUCGGAAUACGCUGCCUAUGAUCACAACAUUGCUCCUCUGCAGACAGACUUUUCCAGUAGCAGCACUGAGAGAAUGUGA